AUCCUGCUCCGAGCACCCAGCCCGGCUGGGGCAGCUCCCAGCCGCGGCUCCAGCCCCGUCGUGAUGGAUGCCGGCAGCCCCGCGCUGGGAGCCACUUAUCUGGCUGCCGUGUGAGGCCCAAGGACCGCUCGAGCUACCGGCUCACACCCAGCGUGGCCAGAUCGAGCUGAACCAAUUGUGUUCCCUGUGUCUGGAGGAUGCCAGGAAGGACGUGGAAAUGUGCAGUUUUUAAAACUACACUAUAGAACAAACCAUGAAGAUCCCCAGUAAUCACUGUGCUGUCAGUGGAUGGAGGGCAAGAGUUUGAAGAUUCAUGGCCUGGAUAGCUCCUUCCUGGUGUUCAUUUCCAUUAGAUGGUGACGCUACCGUAUGCCUUUCUUCACAUGAGACACAACUUGAAAUAUUUUGAUAAAAUGAGAUGCUUGCGGAAACGAUCAGCAGUGUCAUUCUUAGGAGUCCUUGUCAUUUGCUUGCUGUUCAUGAACUUGUACAUUGAAGAUGGUUAUGUUUUGGAAGGGGACAAGCAGUUAAUCAGAGAAACAGCCACGCACCAGCUCAACCCAGAGCGCUAUGCUCACACAUACAAAGAUUUGUCUAAUUUCUCAGGAUCUAUAAACAUUUCCUAUCGCUACCUAGCUGGCACGCCUUUGCCAAGGAAAAGGUAUCUUACAAUUGGGCUAUCUUCCGUGAAACGGAAAAAAGGAAACUACUUGCUUGAGACCAUCAAGUCCAUAUUUGAACAGUCAAGUUAUGAGGAACUUAAAGAAAUCACAGUGGUAGUACAGCUGGCAGAUUUUGAUUCAGGCUGGUGCGAAGGGAUGGUCCAGGAUAUUUCACAGAAAUUUGCACAUCACAUAAUUGCAGGCAGACUGAUAGUUAUUCACGUCCCUGAGGAAUUUUAUCCAAUACUGGAUGGUCUCAAGAGAAAUUACAAUGACCCAGAAGACCGCGUGAAGUUUCGAUCCAAACAAAAUGUUGAUUAUGCUUUCCUGCUUAACUUCUGUGCUAAUCUUUCUGACUAUUAUGUGAUGUUAGAAGAUGAUGUUCGCUGUUCAAAGAACUUUUUGACCACUGUUAAGAAAGUAAUUACCUCAAGAGAAGGAUCCUACUGGGUAACUUUGGAAUUCUCCAAACUGGGGUAUAUUGGAAAGCUUUACCAUUCCCAUGACCUCCCACGCCUGGCCCAUUUUUUGUUGAUGUUUUACCAAGAAAUGCCUUGCGAUUGGCUGCUGAUCCACUUUCGUGGGCUGUUAGCUCAAAAGGAAGUGAUACGUUUUAAGCCAUCACUGUUCCAGCACAUGGGAUACUAUUCAUCUUACAAAGGAGCUGAAAACAAACUAAAGGAUGAUGAUUUUGAAGAGGAAUCAUUUGAUAUCCCUGACAACCCACCUGCAAACUUGCACACCAAUAUGAAUGUAUUUGAAAACUAUGAAGCAAGCAAGGCUUACAGCAGUAUUGAUGAGUACUUCUGGGGCAAGCCUCCUUCUACAGGGGACUUUUAUGGGAUUGUAUUUGAAAAGCCCAUAAAAAUCAGUAAGAUUAAAGUUGUCACUGGAACUGAAGACCGGCAAAAUGACAUUUUGCGUCAUGGGGCUUUGGAAGUAGGAGAGAAGAUUGUAGGGAGUAAAAUAGGGAGAAAAUGUACUACGUAUUUGAGACUAGGGGAAUUCAAAAAUGGGAAUUUUGAAAUGACAGAUGUAGAGCACAAAGUCCUGUUUGAUAUUAACUGCAUGAGAAUUCUUGUUACCAAAAGCCAAAAAGAGUGGCUAAUCAUUAGGAGCAUUAGCAUCUGGACUUCUCAAACAUCAAGUCAAUAAAGCAAAGCUACCUGAAAAGGUACAGAUUAAAUGCAAUCAGCUGGGUCCCAACUGAUACCAUUUCCCAGAGAAACUGACUUAUUUCCAACUCUUUCCUAGAGACACAGGAAAUCUGGGGAAAUAAUAAAAUUAUCAAAGCAAUUUAUUUUUUACUAGUUUGGCCAGGCAAUAUACAAGCAUUUACUUGAUGAAAAUUUUGAAUUUUAUAGGAAAUGCAAAGUUCUGAAACUUUUCUUGAGAUCUUGAAUACUCUUUUUUUUUUUUUUUUUUUUUUUUUUAAUUAUAAUUUCUCUUUAUAGAGAGAUCUUCUGGACAGUAUAGAUCAAAACAGAACAUACUAUGAUUACCAAAAUGUUCAAAGCUAUGACCAGUAUGUUGUGAACAGAAAUUGAAUUCCACCUUAUGCACAUGCAAAUUUAAAAUGUUAUGGUAGUAUGCGUUUGUAAAAUAGUUGAUGAUAUGUUUCUUUUAAAGGCAAUUGUGACAAGGAUGUCUGUCCUGAAACUGGCAAUCUCAUUCUGAGCACUGUAAGAAAAUAUUGUGGCUAGUCACUGAAAAAGUCUUUUCAAAAGAGAAUGUAUGUAAAAUUAUGAAUCUGACAUGAUUAUUGUGUGAAAAAUAGAUAAUUGCAUCUAUUAUUCUGUCUCAACAAACAUCCUUUGUUCUUUUUCCUAGGUGAAAGUAAUACCACUAAUGUUUUAUAUUAGUUAAGGGAACAAUUUAAUCUCAUUCAAAUAAAAUUCCCCAUAGUGAGCAAGCAUUCUGCUUGGGUAUGGAUGUCAGUAUCAAAAUCAGGUACCGCAAGGGCAACCUUUUUCUCUUAGGUAUCGUAACAUAUUUAAGUUUCAUCAUUUUCUGUUCUUUUAAUGGAUGCAAAACUCCCUGUGAAAAUUAUGCACAUAGCUGCAGUAUUCUUCCUGAGAAUUGUUCUGCCUUCCCUACUUACACAUCCAGUCUAUACAUGAUACAAAUGUAAAGUGUACCAGGUUAAGCAAUUGGAAGUGAAUGCUACAUCAUUCUUUAUUGGCUGAUGUCUAGGCAAUAGACCAGAUGCAAAAUGAAGACUCUUAAUUUAAGAAGAAAUUCAUGUUUUUGAUAUUUUUUCCUAUUGUUCUCUAAAUUUUAUCACAUUGGUCCUGUUGCCAUCUUUUCACAGCCUCAAGUUUUUCCCUAUAUAUUUAUUUUGCCUGGCUUGAGAUAAUAAGCAGAAAGUUUUCUCAGUCCUAAUGACUUCAGUGUCAUCUCUGAGUUUCCAUGUAUUGCACAGGGAGGCUGUAUGGCUAUGUGAUUUAUAUUACACGCACACAUUUGCAUGAGUAGAAUCUACAGGGUUGGUUUUUUUUUUUCCCUCUAAGAAAUUCUGAAGACAUUCUCAGUAGACACUAAAAAGUCCAUAGGAAUAUCAAAUAUGACACAGAUGAACACUGUAUUAUCAAGCCCAUGAAUACUGUGGUUAUCAUCUAAUUACAUGUAUGAGUUUUAGUUAAACCUGGGAGGCAAGGAUUAAAUUUCAAGAAUGCCUACACUAAUCAAGAGUGAACUAACUAAUGUACUCAGUACAUCCAAAUCUGACCUAGCUAUUUCAGAAAAGUAAAUUAUUUGAAAAUCUACACAAAACAGCAAUGAAAUUGCUUUUCCUGAUUCAUAAAUCGUGCUAAAUUCAAGUCUAGGUUUGGAAAAUCUCCUGCUCAGAGGCAAGGUACAUUUUAAAAUAAAUCUUGUAGUACAUGCUUACACUUAACUCAAAAAAGCAUCCUUACCUUUAAGAAGAGUCUUCUCCUUAAUAUACAACUAAAUCUCUAUUCUUCUCAUAUUUCUAUGGAAAGAUAUCUUAAAAGCAACAUACAUGUCCAAUCUGGAAAGGAAAAUAUCACAUUUUUUUAAAUGAAAAAUAUAUACCAAUCACAAAUGGUUAUAAAAACUUAAAAAUGACCUAUUUUUUAACAGUGAUUUCCCAUGACUGUCCACUAACUAGUUGAUAAUUACUUAUGAGUCAACACUAUGGUUUUAAAUGAAAUGUCUUUCUACAUUUCCCUUGUCAAGUAGUAGUGCCAAAGCAAAUAUAACUAGACUGACUAGGAGUGUUUAUGUUUAUUCAGAAAUGCAGCAUUUCCAACCAAAUGUUCCAAAUCAGGAUGGAGAACAUACUCAGUCUAUAUGUUCUUUAAUCCCCAGUCAAUAAUCUUGUAAUCAAAACCAUACACAAUGUGAAUGGAUGAUAGACAUUAAAUGCUCUCAACAAAAGCUUUAAAGAGUAUUUUAUGAACUAUAAGUCAAAAUAAUCAGUUCAACUGUGCAAAAACUUACCUAAUAAUACACUUUUUGUUGUGCUUAUAGUAAACAAAAUAAUUUUAAGUUGUAUUCUAAAUAACAGUCCGUCAGAAAUGCAAUUUCAAAUUGAGGCCUAGACACUGGCAUUUGAUGCCUGGCCAUGCUGCAACAGGUGGGAGGAGUCGGACGUGUCAGCUGAACAGGGGGCUGCUUGAAAAUGCUGAGACCAACAUCUUAUGCUAAAUUUACUGAUACUCUGGAUUUAGGAGUCUGUACCCUUCUGAUCUACAGCUUGCUGAGUGUAAAAAGACUCACAGUACUUAUUACCAUUCCUUUGAGAGCAGAACACAACUGCUUUCCUUUCUAAAACACUAGCAGUGCAUUUUAUCUCCUGCACCAUACAGAUAUGGUAACAAAAGCUCAUCUGGCUUCAGGUUCUUCCCUGUCUGAGAAGGUCAAAUCCAUGAAUGUCAAGCGUAUGCCCUCAAAGGAAGCUUGCCUCAGGUGUGGAUAGCAGUAUUCUCUGGGAAUGAGAAGCAUGCAUUAGCCUUCCUCUUGUAUUUUAUUUGAUUUGAAAACAAAAAAAAUUAAAGAUUCAUUUAACUCAGGAGAAGCAAGAACAUUGUCCUGUAGAAUGUCUGAGCACUCAUUUGAGUGUGUGGGUUCCACUUCCUCCUCCAAGUAAUGCAUAUUUUACCCAACUUAUUAACAUGAAAAUUGUUGCCAACUUUUUUUUCUGUUAAAAAAAAAAAAAAAAGUAGUGUUAGCUGGUUUUCAGACAGAUCUCAGAACGAUAUACUUGAGAUAUCUUUUCUUCAUGUGUUAAGAAAAGUGAUUGCCUUCAGGAAGAGAAAUAUUUAACUGGAAGUGUAUAUGUUCACUGAUGCUUCCCUAAGUCUGGAUUUUCUUUUUUUAUAAAAACAGUGAUGAAACAAAAGAUUGGCAGUGUCUCUGUUCAUUGAUGUGCACUGUUGGUUAGUGUGUUUUUUGUGUUCAUUUGUGGACAAAAUGUCAGUAUUUUCACACUGAAAUGCUAAUACUGAAAAUCUUACAUUGUGUUCUGCACAUGGAUAGGUCUAUUCUUAACUGAACAUGCAUGUACUGUUUCUAUUAGCACUGUUUGGGACUACUUAUUGUAUAAUUCCCAUGGGAUUUUCUUUCUUUUCUUAAUUAAAAGCCAAUUUGUCUUCUAACUUUCUACAAAUAGUAUGAUCCCUUUGAUAUAUGGAAUUUUAGGGAAGUAAAAUAUUGCUCCUUGUGAAGUAAAAGAAGAACUGAGUCCCUAGUUUUAUGAAGAACAAACAAACUCAAAAGACAAAAGCUGUCAGGUAACACAGUUUUAGCAUAAAUUUUGUAUUUAUUACCAAAAGGAUAACGAAUAUACUGGUUGUAGAUACGUGUUUGACAUUUUUAACAUGAUGCUACACUCUGCCUAGUAUUCUCUUCUCUUAAACCAAUUUUUUUUCUUUUUUCUUCUUUAAGAGAAAAUUCAGAUCUUGAUCAUUAUUGAUUUAUUAAAAGUAAAAUAAGAAGGAAAUUGUAAUGAUUUAAAACUGAAAAGCUACUAAAAGAAGGAAAGAAAACAUAAGCAUCAUUUAAACUGCAGAACUGCAGAUGCAAGUAGUUUUCAUUGUGAAGCACUUCAGAGAUUCCGUUGGAAAUGAUUUUUUUUUACUAGCUUCAUCUCAUUUUAAAUUUGCAGUCCUUUGUGACUAUGUGUUCAGUAACUGCUAAAUUAUCAGUAGUAAUAGAUAACAUGAAUUAUGAACUCAAGCAAUGUCAUAUCCUCAUCCUCAGAUGGUACAGCAUAAUGUUUUAUAAUAAACAGGUAGAAAAUAUGGAUGAAUUAUAAUGAAAAUAAAUUAAGAACUUUUGUUUUCAUAUUCUAUAUACUAAGACAAAUGUACUGAAGUGUCUCCACAACUUGAACAGCUUUACAGAUAAGGUAAAACAAGGGGCUUAAUACUUGUUCUUUCCUCAGUCUUUGGAAAUAAAAGCUAUACAAUUUCUACCCUCUUUAACCAAGACAGUAUUAACCUAUAAAAGUCUGAAUGUGUUGAUUUUUUUCUUUUUUUGCACAGAAGCUAAUAUUUCUCUUAUCUUUUUAUUUUUUCCCUUAUUUUUUAGCCAUCUAAGAAGACUGAAAUCCAAACAAUCUCCAAACAGAUGUAUUUUGUUAUCUCUGCACUGCAUUUUCUAAGUUAUUGCCUCUUUUAAUAAUUUUGAUUCAGCAAAUGCAUCAUGUGUUGCUAAGGGGUUCAGGAUGUCUACCUGUAAGUAGCACAAUCAGACUUAUAGAGACUAAGGCCAGAUUUCUGCUCCUGUUGUAAAUGAAGGAGGAACAUGUCUGGAGUCACAUCAGUGUACAAUAGAUGUCUAAGGUCCGACUAUCUGUAUUUAUUCUUUUGAGAGGCUAUGCAAGUCAUUUGGCCUGAAUAUUCAAUUACUAGAUAACUAAAGAUACAGGAGAUCCAUUCCUUUUAUAUUAUUAAACAUAAUGCAUAUAAAACUAGAUAAAGACAUAUGGUACAUAGAAACCAAAUAUUUAAACAUACUUUCUAGUCAGAAGCACUGCUGCUGUAGUUACUUUUCACGGUAGGGAUGUUCAGUGUCUUCCUCAUAAAUGUUAUUUUGUGAUUUCUAUGAAAAUUUGUUUAGCUUUAAAAUAAGAAAGAUAAAUCUCCCCCUUCAAUCCUAUUAUUUAUGUUAGUUUAAAGAUUAAAUUAACUACUGAGAAGGAUUAAUUACAAUAACAUUUCCAUAAACACUGAUUUGGUGUUAAGUUGGUAUAAAAUUGAAUUGUCAUCUAGGCUAUCUUUUUAGCUCUAUUUCUAGAUGUUUUUCAGCUCUUUUAUUGCCUACUACAAAUUCUCAAAUAAAAUUCCGCUUUGCCCUUAAAGCCAGCAAAAAGGCUCUUAAAAUUCCCUCUUGAACUUGAAAGUACUUUACAUAGGGUUACGUUAUUAAUUAAACCCUUUUCUGGCUCUUUACUAGGCGUAUGUGAGAGGUUCACAUUUAAUGAAUAAAGCCAAACAUCAACUGACACUUAUUUCCUCUGUUCAGCUGGUUAAAUAGCUGCCUUCCCUCCUUCUUGCUAUUUACUCAUUAACACCGAGUUUGCUCUUUCCAGUUCAGAGAAACUUGACUGGCAGCCAUGGAGAUCUGUCUGCAAACUCUCAGUCUCAGAGAUACUGUGAUUGUAUUGCAUGAAAUGUUCCAGUUUCUGAGCACACUUUUUUUUUUCUUUUUUUUUUUUUUUAACGCCAGUGAAAGCACAGUGCUCAGUUUCAUGGUAUCUUUUCCUUGGCAUAAUUGUACAGGGUUUUCUUCCUAGAUAACUGCAUGAAGCAAGGGCAUUAAAAAAGACAUUACCAAGAAAAAAAAAAAAUCAUUAUGCAUUUAACUUUUUAAAAACAGGUUCAAGGUUUCCUUUGUGAUCAGGCUUCAUCUAUCCUUAGUGAUUUGGGCAGAAGAGAUGAGAGUAAUGUGAUGGCAAGAAAAGGUUAAAUAAAUACUGUCUCUUUAGCAAUGGGGAGAAGGUAUGUGUUGCUGAGCAACAGGGUCAGCCAGGUAUAUUUCUGCAGUAUGAUUGCACCUAAACUAACUUAUUAUUUAAGGGCUGUUCCUUGUCAGAGUAUCGUCAUUGUACUAUUCCUUUUACAAUAAAAGGGAGCCUGUGAUGUCCCCCAGAACUGCUCUUUUUUCUGCCAUCUCAAUAAAAAUAAUAGAUUCAGUUUUAAAAAUCACUGCCUUGGGCAUGUACAUUGAUGCAGUACACUCAAAGGAUAAUGCAGGCUGUCUGUCCAGCUUGCUAUAUGGUAGCACUGGAAUACUUAUGUCUAACAGACUGGGGGGUGAAUAUGUGACAAGGAACAGUUACUGUUCUUACUAUGGUAUCCAGAAUAUUUUUAACAAUAAAUGUAAGAUUGGAAAAGACUCAUUGGCUUAAUGCCCUUCUCUUUAAUCUUGUUAUGAUUUACUUUUCUUUUAACAAUAUGUACCACAUUUACACAUGUUUAACUUGGGACAAAACUGUAUAUAACCUAAGAAGAAAAGAAAUUUGACGAUGGAUUC